UGUUUGGCAAACUGCUCUGCUCAAACUGAAUAAAGGGGAGGACUGGAUGCCUUGAAAGAAUACAAAUUUAUCAGCCACUUUCCUGCAGCUUGAACCAUUUGCUUGACUGUAAUGAUGAAGAUUUGUCUCAGAAGUCAGACUCAGAAUGGACCUUUUUGUUUUUUUCUAAAUGAACUACAUAAUAAAACGGCAGUACUUGGAUAGCAGUUACAUUAGGUGCUUUAGCCUAGUUAUAAUUAUAAUGAAAAGACGAAAACGCUUGUGACGUAUUUUAGUUUUUCCUUUUUGGAGGGGUGUUUGGUGGUGUGAGGAUGGCGAGCUGUGGUUGGGUAUGCCAGUGCCACGUGUCUGUGCUACCACCUCUCUUCUUCACACAGAGGAUGUCAGACUGAGACCCUAUUGCGCCUGGUCAGUUGAAAAGUGGGUCAUCGCAUUACUCUGGGAGGAGGAAUGUUGAACGACCGGCUACCAGACAACACCAGUCGAUAAACUCAAAUACUUUAUUCAUUUUCCUGCACCUGAUUGAGCAUGUUGCCGACUCAUUCCCUCUGUUCCAUCAUUUGGUUGAACCGUGGGCUCAAGUCAAGAAAAAUCAGCUGUUUGGCUAACACCGGUCAGGUCUAAGCUACAACACUAAGCUUCCCACCGCAUGGGCCCACACUGUAGGACAUGCUUAUAAUCUCCAGUCAAUAGUCCAUAGCCUUUAACAAAACAUCCCUCUGUCCAGUUUCAUCCCGAGUCCAACACUCGUCUAUCUAGGGUGACUUUCAUUUUAUACUCUGAAAAUGGCUGCCGAUGGCUUUCAGUACAGAUCCAUGUACGCCUACCAUAAAGACUGGGAGGAUGUUCUUGACCUUGAACCUGGGGAUAUUCUGACUGUCGAGAAGGUGACUCUAAUGUCACGCGGUGUCAAGGAGGGAGACGAGGAGCACCCAGAGUGCCUUGGCUGGAUCUUGGGUUAUAAUGAGCGAACAAAACAGAGAGGAGACUUUCCAGGGACGUACGUGCAGUAUGUUGGAACUGUGAAAAUGUCAGUGUCGUCCUCCCAGCCUCGUUCUCAGAGACCACUUCCUGCUGUUCCCAGACCUGAGCCAGCAGCCUCAGCACAGGCUGUUCCAGACCCAGACUUGACCAAACAGUGUACACAGCCGGAAACCGUUCCUCCUGAUCUUGUUAAGUUGGUUGAAGCAAUUGAGCUGACAGGUCUGGACUCUAAGAUACUGUACAGGACGUCCUGUUCCUCAGUCUCUGACAGUCAAAGACAGAGUGUUGCCGAACUGCAGGAGCUGGACGUGGGACAGUGGGACGUUCAUGCGCUCUCGGAAGCUCUCGUACAAUACCUGCGGGGACUUCCUGCCCCCAUCAUCCCUCCCUCUGUUUAUACAGACCUUCAGACAGCAGUGCAAGUAGAAUCGGAUGUUCCUUCAAUGAGGAGACGAGAGCAGCUGUUGCAAGCACUGGAGAACCCUGCAGUUUCACUACAGAACCUCCUGACGCUCCAUUAUUUACUUAAGCAUCUGGAGAAGGUCUCUCAGUGUGCCGAGCAGAACGGUCUGGACAUUCACACACUCGCCCAAACCUUUGGCCCUCUCCUGAUCAGGGGUCCUGUGAGCGGGUCCGAGGAAGAUGAGGAGUUUCCUGCAGUUGUCAUUGAGAAACUUCUUUUGGAGAGAAUUUGGGAACAAGAGCCAACACCUCCUGCUCUCCCUCCUAAACCUCCCAAAGCCAAGAUCAUGGCAUCCAAUGGAAACGGCUUAUUGAGUGAAGCUGAAUGGUACUGGGGAGACAUUUCCAGAGAGGAGGUGAAUGACAAAAUGAGAGACACAGCUGAUGGUACGUUUUUGGUGCGGGACGCAUCAAGCAGAGUUCAAGGAGAGUACACCUUGACCCUCAGGAAAGGAGGAAAUAACAAACUGAUCAAGGUUUUUCACCGUGGGGGGAAGUAUGGCUUUUCAGAACCUCUUACAUUUCUCUCUGUGAUGGAGCUGAUCAACCACUACCGUCACGAGUCACUGACUCAGUACAAUGCCAAGCUGGACACUCGCCUGCUCUUCCCUGUGUCUAAAUAUCAGCAGGAUCAUAUGGUGAAAGAGGACAGUAUUGAGGCGGUAGGUGAGCAACUGAGGGUCUAUAACAGGCAGUAUGAGGAGAAAAAUCAUGAGUAUGACGCACUGUAUGAAAAAUAUACACGCACAUCGCAAGAACUCCAGAUGAAACGAACAGCCAUCGAGGCUUUUAAUGAGACCAUCAAGAUUUUUGAUGAGCAGUGCGAGACCCAGGAGCGCCUCGGUCGAGAAAGCAUCGAGAAGUUUCGCAGAGAAGGCAACGACAGGGAGAUCGAAAGAAUUCAGAGCAACUUUGAAAAGUUGAAGUCCAGAGUGAUAGAGAUACAUGACAGUAAGAGAAAGUUGGAACUGGACCUGAAGCAGCAAGCCACAGAAAAUCGCGAGAUAGACAAGAUGAUGAACAGCCUGAAACCAGACCUCAUCCAGCUGAGGAAGAUAACGGACCAGUAUAUCGGAUGGUUGACUCAGAAAGGCACUCGGCAAAAGAAGAUAAACGAAUGGCUGGGCACAGGAAACCAGGGAAAAUAUGAUUCCAACUCUCUGGUGGAUGAUGAUGACGAUCAAACACAUCUUGAUGAAUCCUCAUGGUACAUCGGAGACAUUAUGCGCGCACACGCAGAGGAUCUUCUGAAAGGCAAAAGAGACGGCACCUUCCUCAUCAGAGAUAGUCAGACCCAGAAGGGCUCAUUCGCUUGUUCUGUAGUCGUGGACGGAGAGAUCAGGCAUUGCGUCAUUCACAAGACAGUCACGGGUUUUGGAUUUGCUGAGCCUUACAACCUUUACGGUUCCUUGAAAGACUUGGUCCUGCACUACAAACACACCUCCCUGGUCCAGCACAACGACUCACUGAAUGUAACCCUGGCCUACCCGGUCCUCGCGCAGCAGCCUAGAUGAGCACCGGGACACGCAUUUAAAGCAUGAUUAAGCACAAUAUACGGAGCAAACUAUACUAACACCAACCUUUCAUGUUUAUCCUAGAAAACAGAUAAGCACAGUAUAAUAUUAUAAGUAAAUAUCUGGCUCUUUUGUAAGCCUGUAGUGUUUCGUAUCAAAUCAAUAGCAGCUGCAGUCGUGUUCAUGAUAAGAUCACUUCUGUACUCUUUUAUUCUAAAACAAAGAAAGGGUCGUUUCGAAAACGUUGCAUAUACUGUAUUGGUCUGCAUGGGUCAAGCUUACAGAUCCGGACAGUUAGAGAGAAAAGUGUGAAAUGAUUCCUUAUAAGCUUGAACUAGUGCUUGGAUACGGAUACGACUAUGGCUGUCUCAUUUAUUUUAGACGAAGAUGAGUAAUUCCUAAAUUAAGGGGAAUUAAGUGAAAGUCACAGCUUUUGAAAAUCUUUUAGCCAUUAUGUUACUGCUGUGGGUUAUCAUCCUAUGUGUAUUACGUUUGGUAGUUUGCUUCUGCCAGCCGUAUGAAUAGAUUUCUCUUUAUGCGAAGAUGUGAAACAAACAAGUGAAUCUUUUUUAUGUCAAAAGUGGUGGAGGGACACUUCAGUCCUCUUAGCUUCCAAUCUGCCUCUAUCCUAAAAGCUAGUUGUCAUGGUUAAAGUAAAUAGCCAUCAACAACUUUAUACAUUUUUCUGUUCUACCACAAAGCUAGAGUCGGAGAUCCUAAUUGUUUCUGUGGUCUAGCAGAUGUUGGUGCUUCCUGGUGCUUUAUUUUUGACUCUUGUAAUGUGAGAAUGAGCUGUAGGGAAGAGUUAUGAUCCAGGACAGAGACCGUGUGCUGUAGACAAAGGUGAUCCCAAAGCAAUGACACACGCACAGCGAAAUCAGACUAAACUCCACUCGCUCUGAAGAUGAAGAUGUAGGGUUAUGGCAGUUAUUGCGGCGAAUGGAUAAAAUGAAAAACCUUUCAGAAUUUUAUGGACAUCUUUGUUAAAGACUGCAGUGCAAUUCCACAAUUUAUUUUCUAAAUGAGCCCUUGUUUUGUAACGCUACUCCCCCUAGUGUUUCAUACUAUAGUAAGUGCUCAAGGUUUGCCUUGUUUAAAGCCAAGUGAUACACUGGUAUGUCAACAUCAUACAAGUUGGCUGGAUGAAACUGCGAUUUUUAGUGAAUUUGACAUUUGCAUACUAAGAAUUGGUGAUUAAAUGUGACAUCUGUGGAAUUUGCACAGCCAAGAGUUGCCAGAAAACUGCAGGGUGGGAAAGUGUGAGGGGUUUUUUUACUCGCUAGGGAGUCAUAUUGAUUUUGUUUUGUAUAUCGGAAAGAGUUUUCUUGUGGUUGGGGCAGUACAUAAUUCUUCCAUAGAUUCUAGUAUUGUGGUGUAAUCUUGAAGGGUUGUGAUUUUUAAGCAAUUGUUUCAAUUAUUAUUACCCAAGUUUUGUUAAAAUAUGCUUUAAAGUCCCUGUAAAGUCAGAUAAAACAUGUGCUUUGAGCUGGCACACCACAGAAAAAUGAUAAGUUAUCAAAAUUUCGCUAAAACAGGCAGGAUUCUUCCCAGCAAACAUUUGGACGUCCGAUUACCGUUGAAAGUACGUCCCUCCGUCACGUCCAGUCAUAGUUGAAAAAUAGUUCCAAAAUGAAAAUCCAACCGACGUUUUUGACGUCAUCUGACCGUGAAUCACACGUCUUUUCUGAACGGUCCGUGCACGUCUAAAAAUGUCCUCUUCUGGACGUUAAACCAUAAAACCCGUACAUAAAAUGUUGAAUACACGCAACCUCAGACAAAUAGACAUAUACAAAUGUAUACAAGCGUAUAUAGACGGUUUCAGCAGUAACAACAUAAACAAACGGCUGUCAUGGUCCGCACGUAACUUCUGGUAAAGUCUGCUAAGAAUAAAUAACAACAAAGUUCUUUAAACAUAGUUUAUUUAUAUAAUAAGCAAAACAACAACACAAAGAUUGGAAACCAAAACAUUUGAUAUUUUGGACGAGGCAUUUGUUCAAGAGAUCAGGGGUGUAUUCCAGAAAGCUGGUUAUGUGGCUUACCCGGGUAAGUUUAGGAGUAAGUAAGCGGAUAACCUCUGCUUUCGGUUCCAAAAACGGAGGUAACUUUCGGGUUAUGUAAGUAACCAUAGCAACUGACUCUCUGAAGAUAACCUGCUCCGGAGCAGGUUAUGUUGCAGGGUAAGUUCAUUUUAGUUAAUAAAACGAGGCUUCGGAGGAAGUCUGCGCAUGCGUGCACUUAUGACGAGCGUACAGCGGGCGUGGAAGCAUAUAUUUUGCAUAAUAUUACAAUGUUAAAGCAUUUAUUUUAUUUUAUUAUAUUUACAGUCGCGAAUAUUUAUUGCUGUCUUAAAAAAUGUGUGAUAUGAAUUUUUUUUAAAGAAACUAUUUUUUUAAUAACAUGGAUUGUUAUUGGUGAUUGGACUAAUUACUAUAAAUUUUAUUAUUAAUUAAAUUUAAUUAAAAAUGUAUUCAUAUUUGUGUUCGGACUAAAUACUAUACAUUUAAUUAUGUUCAUUAGUAAUAUAUCUCCAAAUAUCAGUGGAUGUAUGAAACAUAAUUCCAUCAGUUAAUUAAUGUUAACAAUAAAGUACAUUUCCAUAUCAAUUUUGUCAAUUCAUAAAUAACCUCAUCUUUCACUUACUAGAUAAUUUGAGAUGAAUCUAAAGUUAUAAUAAAUGUGUGUGCAAAUACAUUGUCAUUAAUGAAUCUUAACCUAUGUUACUUAAGUGACAAUGUGGCAAUGUUACAGUAAAUGGAUAUAACAAAUAGAAACACAUGAUGCCUAUCAUAAUAAUAAUUACUGAGGGAUAGAAGUUACCCCUGCCUGCAGUCUCUGAUAGGCAUGUGCAUCUGACCUGGCCCACAGAAUGACACCCAUGAAGCACAGGCAUGAUUUAACACUGACCCACAUAGUGACACAGGUGAAGCACAGACUUCAUUAGGUGAAACACCAUUGAAUCACAGACAUGGCAUAGUGGUCAGAGAUUUUCUAUUAUAUCAGUUAGAAUCAUGUACACAAUGAAAUGAAAUUAUAAAUAUAUAUUUCAUAGUAUAAUAUUUAUUUCUUAAACAUGCACUUCAGAUCCUUAGCCCUCUCUCUACAUUUGAUCUAUAGUUGGUGUUUUUCUAAAUCACCUGUAUUUCUUUAAAAUUGACCUUUUGUAGCUGCUUUCCUGAGCUAUCAUUUUUGAGCAAAGGGAAAUUGAGAUAUUUGCAUAUAUUAGAUGAUACAGGACAUAUAUUACAACAUGUUACUAUUGACACUAAUGUAACAUUUCUAUUCUCCAAUUCUGUCACAGCAGAUCCUAAUCGUCCAAUGCAAAUGAAUGAUCAUUCUUAGUGUAGUGUAAUGAAAAGCAUUACACAACAUUAUUGAAAAUCUGUAAGGACUGUAAGGAAGCUUUACAAUUAAAAGAGGGUGCAUUAAUCUAUCAGCUAUCAGUAAAUGUUAAAAAAGAUGGUGACACAGUGUCAUACAAGGAAAGUCCUAAAACUAAACAGGGUCACCCAAAGGAGCAGAAGUAAAAUAAGUACAAUAUAGUGAAUAUUAUCAUAGUGCAUUUUAUGCCUACACAAUACAAUCAUAUCUAAAAAAAAAAAAACUUUAAAUAAGCCUUAUGAUGUAUUUGCACUUUAUGUGCCACAACUCUUAUGAAAUUAACCAUGGUUUUAUUGGUGUAUAGUUGUAGUAACCAUGUUUUUUUUGUGCAUUGAUUACUAUCAGCAGAACCAUGGUUUUACUACACUAACCAUCGUUUAACUAUGUUUUUUUGAAAACCAUGGUUAUUUUGUGGUUACCAUGGUUUUACUGUAACCAUGUUUUUUACUGUAGUAAAACCAUUGUUACUUUUCACAGGGGAAAAUAUAUUCAUAAUUCAUAUGUUUACAAUCAUAUAUAAAAUCUAUGAUUAUUUUGACUAUAUUAAUUAUUUUAGAUUGUUUUAGAUUAUUUUAAAUAAAAUUGUGUGUAUUUUCGUUGAGACACAUAUAAUAUUGGACUUAAAUGGGGUAAAAUGGGUUCGUAUUAAUUAUUUAAUUAAUUAAUUUGAUCUGUUUUGUAAUCACGCACUUCUAAGCCGAUUAUAAAACGUUGAUUUUGCCAGAAAAUAUUAGUUUAUAAAGUUAUUUCUCAUUUAAAAACUUUUAAGUUCUCUGACGUUUCCAUGGUGACUCGUGAAAUCUGCGAUCCAUUGACAAUGCCUUUAUGUUGUUACCGUGAGCGCGCGUUAACUCUGGGUUACUUUCAGCGAGUUGAUUGACCUAACUCUUAAACUGUGUUUUGGAACCGACAUACCCCGAGUAAGCAAGUUUGGGGUUGAUCAACCCAAAGUUCGGGGUUAAUCUGAUGGUAAGUUAACCCUGCUUUCUGGAAUACACCCCAGUUUAGCAACUAGUCAGACCAUUAAAAAAACGAAACCAGAAGUAAAGUUCGGAUCCAGACGUGUAUCGCAUCAGCGCACGUGCGUCCGAUGAAACGUCUAUAAAUGCAUUUUAGGACAUCAUGUGCAUUUGUGCCGUCCAGCCGCGACUACUUUUGGACGGGGAGACGACGUUGAUUUCGGACCAAUUACAACAUUUGUGCCGUCCUGCGGCGACCCCUUUUGGCCGGGGAGACGACGUUGCCGUCCGACCUAUGUUUGCUGGGUUUGAUUUCAAGGGGGGACGUGUCCGCUGUUAGCGCUGAAACCACGCCCACUCAGGGGAAAGCUGCCAUCUUUCUUAACUUUCAAAUACCACUACAAUCUGAAUGGAUGCUCAUGAUUGUGUUAGGGGCGGGGCCAUGCGCGGUGGCUCAAGCGUGUCAUCGAGUUACUGUUUUAGGCCUGCCUAAAAAUCCUGAAUUUGGAAAUGGUGUAAAACUGUUUAAAGAUCUAACUAUGCAAUUUACAACUACAUAGUUUACAGUCUUUGUGGCGUGUUUUCAAGAUUGACUUUAAAGGGACUUAAAAUUUUUGAUUCUUUAAAAAAUCUGACUACCUGCAAGUUUUCUUUUAUCAAAAAAUAUAUCUAUUCCAACCAGUUUUUUUAAUGCCUGUUCUAGAAAACUUUUUAAAGGCAUUGUUAUUGGCAGUACAGAAAGAAACAUUGUGAAAUAUUAGACUGUGUUGUGGAUGUAAGGAGCCCUUAUUUGUGAUAUUCAUCAUUAGCUUUAAGCUCUAUAAUGAGGUUUGGUCUUAAACAACCAAUAUGCACUUUCAAGUAUGUCAGUUCUUUAAAUGAAAGCAUUUGAUACUUUUUUAACCACAGGAGAAGUUUUAUCCAUUUUAUGUCAUUUUAAAGAGAUUAAAUACCGUAGGCUGGCUAGCUAACAAAGACUGAUGCAGUGUAAUAUUUCAUAAAUUGAAAUGAGAACGACUUUGGAAACUAGUCUGAGUGUAGUGUAUUACUUGAUCUUGACAUCCUCCUCAUAAGGAUUUUUCUUUAUAAAUCUGCUCCAUGAAAAAGUGGGAUUGUUCUUUUACUUGCUUUUUGUGUCUUUCAGUGUAAGCUCCUAAUUUUGUCCUAUCAAUGGAAUCAGAAUUUGUUUUGACGUGAUGAUGUUGGAGUGGAGCGAGAAAAACGGCAACGCUCAGCAUGACAGAGACACUGGUUAUGAUCGAAUGUUCGGAUUGACUUUGUUCUGAGAUGUUGUGUCAUUAAGAGCACAGAAAUUGAGCCGGAGUGCUGAAAGUUAAGAGUUUGUUUGUGAGAUAAAGUCCUCUAAAUGCACUAUAUGAGCACACCUUGAGGUGAGGUGAUAUAAUGCUUUGUUGGUGACAAUUAAUGAAGCUUGACAGCCUUUACGAGCAAUUAUAUAAGGUACGUUUUUUUUAUAGUUAUAGGCCUAAAAUGAAACUAUGGUAGUGUCAUAAUGUGAUAUGAUAAUGCCGUGGUGGGUCUGCUUAAAAUCUUUUUUUGUUUCUUUUUUUUAGAGAGAGGCUAUAAUUAUAUGUCAAUGUUUUGUUUCUUAUUGUAAGUAAUGACCUUAUGAAUUCAAAGAUAAGCUAGCUUGAAUAUCUUUCAUUCAGUACAUUUACAAAUGUUUACAGUAUCUAAUUAACCAAAUAGAAGAUGUAUUUUCGGACAUACUCCGUCUGGUCCUAUGGGGAAUCUGUACAGACAGAGUUUCUUGUCUUUUUUUUUGUGCCUCUGUUGUUUUAAACUUGAAGAUUUUGUUUUUCCUUUCUUGUUUACUUCAAACAGUGCUCCCUCGCCUUGCCAUGUCCGAUAUUAUUAUUAUUUUUUUUUUAAACAAGGAAGUUAGGAACACAAUCUGUUACAUUGUCUUUAAAAAUGCAAAUGUUACCCAUAGCAGAUUUUCCUGUUUCUAUAUUUAUUUUUUUAACUUGUAUUUUUUAAGAGUAGAUUUUUGCAGGGUUACAAGUUAUGAAAAGUUACAAAAGAAUAUAAGUUAAAGUAGUGAAUAUUAAAGGCUGGUUUAUAUGUAACUUCCCUUUGUUAGAACAAGUACUUAAAUAGUAUAAAUUUGGCAGCUUCUUUUUUAGCCUGCCUGCCUUCCUUCCUUAAAACCAUGGAUGGAAACCCCCUAAAAAGCAUAUAGCAAAAUGUAAGCGUAAUUUUAUUAAUUUACCAUUGUGGUUAUAAAAUAACCAUUAAUAUGUCAUUCACUUAAAUAAAAUGUUAAAUAAUUAGCAUGUUUAUAAAUACAUAAAAGUUAAAUGAUACACGUUCGGGGUUCUUGCAUGCAAUUGUUUUAAUUCAUUUGCAUAGUUACAACAAUAGCUCUCUAUGCCUCUAAGAAUUGUUUUUAUUUAAUAUAAUUACUGUUAUAUUCCACUAUUGCUCUUUUCCUAUUUUCACCUGGUCAAACAAAAUAUACCUACUCCUGUUUCUCUCAAGUGUUUGACAUCUGAAGCUAAUGCACACCAGAGUGCCAUUUAAGCCAGAAGAGAAGGGAGCACUGUUUGUAACCCUAUACAAUUCUACUGGAUGUGUGUGCACAAUCUUUAUGUACAUACAUCUGUUUAUUUCUUUUCAAUCUGUUUUUGGAUGCAGAUUUUUUUAGUGUACAGUUUGCGUCAGUGUUGUUUGUCUUUCAAACAGGUACACAAGCAUUAUGGAGAUUUGGCUCUUUAAUAGCUAGAUGAAAUUAUUUUUAAGACAAUAAAAACAUAUCGAGUUUAUUGCA